CCCAAUUGAUAGUUUUGAGAUCGCACAAUGUGAUCAGAUUGUCGAUGCUUUGAGUGACCUCUACGUGAAAAUGCUGAAAUUUGUUUUUGAAAAGGAUCCAGAGAAAAAGAAAUUGACGAAAGAAGAGUUUGACCACACUCAUUUGCCAGCCUUCCUCACCAAGAUGACAGCUUUGCUGAACAGCAACAAUGAAGGCAAGAGCUUCUUUGUUGGUAACAAGAUGUCUUACGCUGAUAUCUGCAUCUUCAAUCUGAGCACAAUUCUUUGCAUGAUGRCCGAAAAUGCUCUUGAUAAAUUCCCUGAAUUGAAAGAACAUUAUCAACGAGUUGGCGACAUUCCUGGCAUCAAGGAAUGGAUCAAAAAGAGACCCCAAACUCCCAUGUGAAUGCCCUUCACAUGUGGAUUUUUAUGCCACUUUAGUCUGUUAAUUUCUUACCAACAACUAAUAAACAAAGUUAAACUAAA